CCGGCACCCUGCCCUCGAGAGCCCCGCGUCCCGUAGGCAGAGCCUGGCAGUCCGUCUUGGUUAAUGCCGCCGGCCGUCUGACCAGUCCCCCUUGUGUGCCUCCUCUGAGGUUUUUGCCCAUCCCUGAUCCUGGGCAGCUUCUCUCUGGGCUGGAUCACCUUCGGCGGGAAACUGAAGCCCUUACUCUCCAAGCCCUGUUUCGUCUUCCCAAGCAUGUCAGAAAGCUGGCAGCAGCCCCCGCAGACGCAGCCCCAGCACCACGCCGAGCCACCACCCGCCCUGGCCGAGCACGCGCUGCCCCCGGGCUCGGCCGAGAACCCCCUGGGCUGUGCCGUCUACGGCAUCCUCCUGCAGCCGGACCCGGGCCUCCAGCCCCCGCAGCACGCGCCCCUGCCGGCGGCUGGCGAGCCGGGCCCCAAGUGCGGUGUGUGUGGUCACGACCUGGCGCACCUGUCCAGCCCACACGAGCACCAGUGCCUGGCGGGCCACGACCGCUCCUUCCAGUGCACGCAGUGUCUCAAGAUCUUCCAUCAGGCCACAGACCUGCUGGAACACCAGUGUGUGCAGGCCGAACAGAAGCCUUUCGUCUGCGGCGUCUGCAAGAUGGGCUUCUCGCUGCUCACCUCGCUGGCGCAGCACCACAGCGCGCACAGCGGCGCCAGCGGCCUGGUGAAAUGCUCCAUUUGCGAGAAGACCUACAAGCCGGCCGAGGCAGCCGAGCCGGCAGCCACCGCCGCCGCUGCUGCCCCGCCGCCGCCCCCGCCGCCGGCCGUGGCCCCCGCGGAGCAGGCAGACAAGCCGUACAGCUGUCCCAUCUGCCAGAAGCCCUUCAAGCACCUGUCGGAGCUGUCGCGGCACGAGCGCAUCCACACCGGGGAGAAGCCGUACAAGUGCACGCUGUGUGACAAGAGCUUCAGCCAGUCCUCGCACCUGGUGCACCACAAGCGCACGCACAGCUCCGAGCGGCCGUACAAGUGCGCGGUCUGCGAGAAGACCUUCAAGCACCGCUCGCACCUGGUGCGCCACAUGUACGCGCACUCGGGCGAGCACCACCUGUUCCGCUGCAACGUGUGCGAGCUGCACUUCAAGGAGUCCUCGGAGCUGCUGCAGCACCCGUGCACGCCGAGCGGGGAGCGGCCAUUCCGCUGCGGCGAGUGCCAGAAGGCCUUCAAGCGCCCGUCGGACCUGCGGCAGCACGAGCGCACGCACAGCGCCGAGCGGCCCUUCAAGUGCGACCUGUGCCCCAUGGGCUUCAAGCAGCAGUACGCGCUCAUGCGGCACCGGCGCACGCACAAGCCCGAGGAGCCCUUCAAGUGCGGCCUCUGCGAGAAGGGCUUCGGGCAGCCCAGCCACCUGCUCUACCACCAGCACGUGCACACCCUCGAGACCCUCUUCAAGUGCCCCGUGUGCCAGAAGGGCUUCGACCAGUCGGCCGAGCUGCUGCGGCACAAGUGCCUGCCGGGCGCGGCCGAGCGGCCCUUCAAGUGCCCCGUGUGCACCAAGGCCUACAAGCGGGCGUCGGCCCUGCAGAAGCACCAGCUGGCUCACUGCUCGGCCGCCGAGAAGCCCCUGCGCUGCACCCUGUGUGAGCGCCGCUUCUUCUCGUCCUCGGAGUUCGUGCAGCACCGCUGCGACCCGGCGCGUGAGAAGCCGCUCAAGUGCCCGGACUGCGAGAAGCGCUUCAAGUACGCGUCAGACCUGCAGCGGCACCGGCGGGUGCACACGGGCGAGAAGCCCUACAAGUGCCCCAGCUGUGACAAGGCCUUCAAGCAGCGCGAGCAUCUCAACAAGCACCAGGGCGUGCACGCCCGCGAGCAGCAGUUCAAGUGCGUGUGGUGCGGCGAACGCUUCCUGGACGUGGCCCUGUUGCAGGAGCACAGCGCCCAGCACAGCGCCGCGGCGGCCGCCACCGAGGGCGCCUACCAGGUGGCCGCCUGCCUGCCCUGAGUGCGGCCCUCAGUGCGGCCCUGAGUGCGCGCCUCCGAGCGGUCCCCACCGGGCCCUCCCCCGCCCGGCUGGGCGGUCUGAGGACCGAGGGCGCUUGGGCGGCCGCGGGGUGGGGCUGGGGGUGCCUGGCGCUCCCCAUACCGGCCUGGAGGGAGGGGGUGGGGGGAGCCGGAUCGCUGUGGCUGGCCCUGAUCCCACAAACCUCUUUCCCAUUACAGGAUUCCUUUACUUGAGAGCCAUCAGCCUCCCUUGUCUCUGGGGGCCUGGAACCAGGCUGGAAGUCAAGUGGCCUCCCUCGACCCCAAGGAGGGAUUGUUGCCAGCCCUAUCUUCCCAAACUUUUCAGCCUAAUUAGAAACCAGAUAGGUUAGGAAAGAGGAUGGUCAUGGUCGGGCCUGGGAGAAGGGCUGGAUCCCACAGGUGGGCUGGAUGUAGGGCAUCUUCCUUCAGGUCGCCAUUUGAGGGAGCAGGCCAGCUUUGUGAUGUAGUCCUGGGGACCAGGAGGGCAGACGGUGAGCCUGAGCCGCAGGCCUCUCUGUCUGCUCCAGGUGGGGGCGGUGUGGCCUCCCGGGUUCCCCCAGAGAGACAUGCAGGACGGCUGCACAUCUGUGAGCUGGGUGUGCCUGCAGAGAAUCGGCCCAGCUAGAAGGGAGGAGGCAGAGAAGCUCUCCUCUGACACACUCAGCCAGGGACAGUACCCUCCACAGGGAAGGGAGGAAAGGUGGCUUUUGUUCUGAGGCCUAAUCCUGCUGUUCGGAAAGUGCCCCUCCUACCUUUGCAGCAUGGUUCCACGCUCUGGGGAAUGUGUUCUCGGCCAGACCGAACUACUGAUGAGAAAGAAGGGGAUGGUUAGACCACCUUGGUGCCUGGGAGGAAGCAGGGCCAAGUCCACGGUCUUACCAGUGGAUGUAAACAAGUGUCCUCCCCCUUGAAUGUGUGAACCAAAGUGUCAAGAGCGUGGCUCCAAACAGCUUGCGCCAGCUCUCCUUCAGGGCCAAGACCGGGCCUGGCACCCAGGGUGGGGGUGGGGGUGUGAAAGGACUCUGACUCCACAGUGCUUUCCCAGCCCCUGGGAACCUUCCCCGUCAGUCUGGCUCCUGGCCUGGACCCCGGGGGUCUUGUGCUGCCAAGAUGCCCUGGACAUUAUCCAGUGACUUCCAAGGCCAGAGAUUCUGGGGUCCUCCCGGGGUCCCUGUAGGUCUCUGCCUGCCCACCGGGGCUCAUGGAGUCAAGGGUGUCCAGGGCAAUAGGGAGCAGGCCAGG